AUGGCAUCUCCGAUGUCGGGUAUGAAACCCGACGGUUUCUGCCCACCCACCUCUGGCACUAAGCUUCAAAACGAGAAGAAAAACAAGUUGACGUUCAACAACUUCUACAAGACGAAGCUGUGCCCCUGGUACAUCAAAGGUUCUUGCCAUUGGGGAGCAAGGUGUAACUACGCGCACACUCUCUCUGAGCAACGCGAAGCCGUCGACCUCACGAAAACAAAACUUUGCCCGACGUGGCUUCGAAACUGCGUGUGCCGCAAUCCGAAGUGCCGUUACGCUCACGACUACACCGAACUGCGCGCCACAACGGACGUAUUCAAGACUUCUCUUUGCUCUUUCUUCAUCAAGGGGAUGUCUUGCCCCAUGGAAACGAGCUGUCGGUUCGCUCACGGGGUUCAUGAGCUGCGUCUGCGCAGCAAAGAGAACGGCCAACCAGCAGGCAUCAGCCGCAAAGACGCGCAAGCGAGAGCUGCCCUUGCCACGGCGAGUGCUGCCGCUGCCGCUGCCCAUGCGGCUGCGACGGCAAAGGCAGCAGCAGAAGCCAAGGCUGCGGCAGCGGCAGCAAUCGCUGGCCUGGCUGAGGCUUCCCACAGUGGCGCGUCGGAACCCAUCGUUUCUCCUCCGGUCGCCCAGGUCCUUGUGCCUCUGCCCGAGGGAGGUCACGUGCCUCUUAGUUGCUCAAUCCGAGGUGACGGUUCUUCCGCUCCGAAGAACGCUGAAGGACGUGCUCGGCGCCAGCCUACCACCGGAAUUCUGGCGCUUGAUAAAGACAGCGGAACUUGGCGUCCAGAGAUGUCAGCUUCUGCGACCGACUUUGUCUUCAAGAACGCCGGGACGCCCACAUACCCGCUCGCGCCCAAACUCAGCACCGCACCUGCCUCAUCCUUGCAGGGAAAUGGUGUCGAAGGCGUCAUAGAGCGAAUCCUGCAGUCCCUUCAGUGUCAGUCUGGAAGCCUCUCCAGCAAUGCACCCACUAGCGGGGUUCGGCCCCACUCCCAAGUGGGACGUCCACGAGAAGCAGGAAUGGGAAGUUCCUUUGACCCACGAGCAGCCGCGUUCAACCCUGGAGGCUGGCUCAGGCAAAUGGGAAAUGGAUCCCACGGCCAAGUUGUUCGCCAUCCGCGUCCUCUCGGCAUCCCGCCCAGCUCUGACAGCUCGCUGAACAUGCUUGACUUUUCCAGCCUGUUGUCAACUGUCGCGAUGGCCAUGGCAGGUUCACCCUCAAACACCACGAAGCCAGAUGUCCCUAUGGACGCUUUCCUGCAAUCAAUAACUGGGGACGUACUUUGUGCACCCGGCCUCUCAGCCCCUUGGAACAGGGCUGCGUCUACGGCAACAUGUUCCUCUCACCUCCAGCAGAGCCCGCUAAGGUCGACAGACGCGUCAAUGUCGUCGGAUUGGCAGACGACCGCCAGUGGCGGCGAAGAAUCGUCCUUUCCACUGUUGUCGAAACCUCUUGGAGAACAAGAGUGCCCCGGAGCGGCAUUGCUUCAUAACGGCGCAGAGUUCGACGUCCCGAAUAAGGACGGCGUCACACUACAGGGCGAGGCUGGAACGGAAAGCAAUUCUCUCGCAGGGGAAAGACUCGACGCUGCAGGAACACUGCUUCUUGCGCCUGGAGAAGGCGGGCAAGAGGAAACGUCCGCUGGCAGUCCUGCCGCGCGGUCUACGAAGUUGGAGGCUGCGAAGACGACGACAGAGUCUUCCUUACCUUCAAUUACUGGGUCCCGCCAAACCACGGCAGCAGGCGUCGACUGUGAGUGA